AUGGCUUCAUCUAUUCCAGCAACUAUUCGGUCUGUUAACCAGGAUGUGCCCGCGCCCACUCUGACGCUCCAGACGCGUCCUACGCCAGUGCCCAACUUCGACGCGGGCGAGCAUCUCAUCCGCGUCCACACGACCGCUCUCUGCGCCGGAGAACUUAUAUGGCACACCUACGUCACUUUCAAGAAAGAGGAAACCGUCCCCGGGCCUGACAUGGCAGGAACCGUGGUUUCAGCGCCUCCUUCCUCGCCCUUCAAGCCAGGCGACCAAGUCUACGCUCGCAUCCCAUAUUCUCGCCCCGGAGCUGCUCGCGACUACACCAUCGCGUUGACGAGCGAGUUGGCGCGGAAGCCAGCGAAUCUGAGCUGGGAGGAGGCCGCUACUGUACCUCUGUCGGCCCUUACGGCCUGGCAGGCGCUAUUUGAGCAGUCCGGCGUGUGGACUGGGCCAGAGGACGCGAGGGUGAAAGGGAAGAGGGUUGCUGUCACCGCCGCGUCCGGGUCAGUUGGGAUGUGGGUUUGUCAGAUAGCGAAGGUUGCUGGGUUCGAGGCGAUCGUUGGGACGUGUGGAGACGGAAACGAAGAGUUUGUGCUCUCCAAGGGCGCUACGGAGAUUGUGAACUACAGGAAGAAGUCUCUGACGGAGUGGGCGGCCGAGAAGGAGGGUCGAAAGGUGGACCUGGUGAUUGACUGCUUUGGUGGUAAGAGUCUGACCGAUGCCUGGGGUUGUGUCAAGGAUGGUGGUGUGCUUGUUAGCAUGGUCGGGUCCCCUGAGGACGCGAAGCCGGCUGGGCUGGAGGUGAAGGAUGUCAAGAGUCACUUCUUCAUCAUGGAACCAAAGGGGGACCAGUUGCAGAGGAUUACCGGGUUGGUCGAGCAGGGAAAGUGUACUCCCUUGUUGGAUAGCGUGUUCCCGCUCGAGGGGUUCCAGGAGGCUACGGACAAGGUGGAGGGAAGACAUGCAAAGGGGAAAGUGGUGUUGAAGGUCUGCUGA